AUGUUGAAUAUAAAAUCAAAAGAAACAUUUAUGCUAUGUGUGUAAAUAAAAAACAGCUAAGGCUUGAUAAAAUAAGCUAUAUUAUUCAAAAGUAUAAAAAAAAGCUUAGGAAUUUAUUUAUUCUAAAAAAUUAACCUAAUAAGUUAAAUUAGUAGUGAUGUUAUUUUAUUAACUUUUGUUAUAUUAUUAUUUAUAAUCUUUUAUGUAAAAUUUUAAGCUGUUGAUUUGGCAAAAAUAAACAACCAGAAUGAUAACUUUAACUAUUUAACUGAUGUAAACAAGCUUUACUAAUUCUUCAAAUUAGUUAUUGUAGUAAUAUUUGAUUUUGUUCAUCUAUGUGUCUACAUUUAUUUAAUGUUCCUAUUAAUUUUCUUCUUCUUUUUAUUAUCAAAAAAAUUAUUAAUGCUAUUUUUUUUAAUUUGA